GAGGAAAGGGGGAAAGGGGGUGACGAUGACGGCGGGGAGGUUCGGGUAACCGGACACCGACUGUUGGAGCGGCUGCUGUCCGCUCCCAAGACACCGAAUCCGGCAGCAGAGACGCAGAGGACUUGAAGGAAGUCUUCGACACUCCAUGGCGGACUUCUGGCCGCUUUAAAGCCGCCUCACUGCGGACACCUCACCCACUAAUUAGCGGACAACAGCCGGCGCGAUGAAGAAGAACCACUUACUGACUCCGCGUCCACAUGAGCCGGAGUGGCAGCCCGGCCAACCCGACAAGGUGGGCUGGGUCAGGCGCUUUUGCGGCAGAGGGAUCUUCCGGGAGAUCUGGAAGAACCGCUUCAUGGUCCUGAAGGGAGAUCAGCUGACGCUCUGCGAGAAGGAGGGCAAGGAAGUGGCUGAUGAGGUUUUGGAGCUGAGUGACUACGAGCGCUGUGAGGAGAUGAAGAACAACAAAAGUCGCAGUAAAAAGAACCACAGCAAGUUCCGACUUCAACGCAGCUGCUCGCCAGGGAACACGGUUUCAAACGUGAUCUUGCUGGCAGUGAGUCCUGAAGACAAAGAGUCAUGGAUUAACGUUCUUAAUGUCGCCAUCACUCGAGCCAAGAACAGAGUCCUUGAUGAGGUCACGGUAGAAGACGCUCACCUCUGUCACCUGACUCGAGACAGAGCCAGGAUUUCUCACAACCGGCGUCUGCCGAGCAGAGGUCACCUGCUUGCCGUGGCCUCGUCUUCAGAUGGUAUGAUGACUCUGGAUCUGAUUCAGGAGGAGGACAAUUCGGCACCGCUUGACAACCGCGACGGCUGUCGGGUCCACUUGGUUGAAUCUCAGUCGCCCCCGGACUGUCGCAGGUCCGGAACCGAGGGUGCCUUCUUCAUCAGAACUGCCGAAACCUCUGGGAAGUCACAGAGUCUUCCUCGCGAGGGGGCAGUGGCCUGGGAGCAAAUGGGUGCCAACUGGACAUCCGGGUCGGCAAAGGCUUUAAGGACAGCAAACAAGAACCGCUGCGCCUCCAUGGACGAGAUCCUGCGCCAUUCGGAGAAGAACCGGACUAUGUUUACACCUCGCACAGGUGCCUCGACUCCCAUCAGCCACUUGCAGGAGCUCAUCGGCCUGAAAUUGGCACGGACAGAGCAGAUCCUGGAGGCCACGCGGGACCGACCCAAAGGGGAAGACGGGAAUGUGGCGGAGGACAUGAGAGCAAAAGCGGAGAGACUACUAAAGGAGGCGGUGGAGGCCCUGGAUCAGGCUCACAAGGUGCUGGAGGAGGUGAAGGAGCUCAGAGAACUGUACGGCCAAUUGGACACCACUAGUACCGAUCAGAGUCCACGACCCAGAACCUGAAAAAGCAGCUUUUAAAAACUCAACCAGCCGCUUUCUUUGGACAAAAUCACUCAGGUCCUAGCGGGUCAGCGGCUGGUCCGAAUCAGCUUGCCAUGUUUGGUGUAGACAUGGUCACCAGACUUGAUCUCCUGUCAACCAUAGGGCUGAGGUCAUUAGAAGGUGCAAUAUUAGGCUUAUGCUAAUUGAUGCUACUAAUCCUGUGAACAAGCUCAAUUUAGCGCUAACAGAGCAACCAAAAGUAACUUUACUGAAGACUAAUAUGACUCUAGUAAAAAGGUUACGGUAAGAAACUUCUGGUUGAUUUAGUUGCUAUUUAAUGGUACUUGCACUACCUACCACAGCAGGGGUGUCCAAAGUGUGGCCCGGGGGCCACUUCUUUUAUCACAUUCUAAAGACAAAAUAAAAGCAUGGAGGUUACAACAUUACACCAAAAAAGUAGAAUAUGUCAAUUUGGGAGAAAUUGUGUGUGAAUGCAGUAAUGUGCUAGCCACUGAAAGGCUCAAGCUGAAUUUGAACGCUAACGUUAGCAUGCUAACAGAAUGCGUCAAGUACCAAGUCGUGACUAGGAAGCGUACACAUGUAAAAUUUGAUAAAAAAAGUUAGCAUGCUAAGACUUAAAGGCCUACUGAAACCCACUACUACCGACCACGCAGUCUGAUAGUUUAUAUAUCAAUGAUGAAAUAUUAACAUGGCAACACAUGCCAAUACGGCCUUUUUAGUUUACUAAAUUGCAAUUUUUAAUUUCCCGCGGAGUUUCCUGUUGAAAACGUUGCGAAAAGAUGACGCGUUCGUGACGUUAUUGGUUGGAGCACCACUUACGGCUAAAAGUCGUCUCUUUUCAUCGCACAAUUGCACAGUAUUUUGGACAUCUGUGUUGCUGAAUCUUUUGCAAUUUGUUCAAUUAAUAAUGAAAAAGUCUAAGUAUAAAGAUGGAGGUGGGAAGCUUUUAGCCUUUAGCCACACAAACACACGGUGAUUCCUUGUUUAAAAUUCCCGAAGGUGAAGCUUUACUAUGGAUCAGAGCGGUCAAGCGAACAUGGAUCAUGACUACAUGUCAACCGGCAGUUUUCGGUGAGAAUAUUGUGGUAAUAAGUCGCCUCUUACCGGAGAUCAGCGGAGCCAGCGUCCUCCUGCUGCCGUGACUUCUCUCAGAGACUCUGGCGUCCAAACCCCCGUGGCCACACCACUCCGACUUUAAGGUACUCUUUAACUCACUAAAACACUAGCAACACAAUAGGCAGGGAUUUCCCAGAAUGAUCCCAGUAAAUGUGUCUAAAAACAUCUGAAUUGCUCCAAAUGCAAUCGCCUUUUUUUUUCUUUCCCCUAGUCCUUCACUAUCAAUAUCCUCAUCCACAAAUCUUUCAUCCUCGCUCAAAUUAAUGGGGAAAUUGUCGCUUUCUCAGUCCGAAUAGCUCUUGCUGCCGGAGGCUCACAUUAUAAACAAUGUGAGGAUGUGAAGAGCCCUCACACCGGUGACAUCAUCGUCUGCUAUUUCCAGUAAAGGCAAGGCUUUUUUUAUUAGCGACCAAAAGUUGCGAACUUUAUCGUCGAUGUUCUCUACUAAAUCUUUUCAGCAAAAAUAUGGCAAUAUCUCGAAAUGAUCAAGUACGACACAUAGAAUGGACCUGCUAUCCCCGUUUAAAUAAGAAAAUCUAAUUUCAGUUUCAGUAGUACCAAGUCGUGUUACUCUGAGGUGAUCGGCUAUAAGAUUGGCUACAAAAAUGUGCAUUCUACAAUGUUCUUGUUAACUUGUUAACAGUUCGCACGUGUCAAGUAGCAAGUCAAAUGACUGAGGUGUGCAUCAGCACAAAUAGCUUAAAGGGUUAGCAUGACAAUGUUAGCAUUCUAGCAUGCUAACAUUAGCUUGCCAACAGUUAACCUGCAUCAAGUACCAGGUUAUAUGGGUCUGAGGUGUUCACCUGUAAAAUUGGCAACACAAGUCACAAUGCUAUUAUUCGCAUGCAAACAGUUCACACGUGUCAAGUACCAAGUCAGAUAACUGACCUGUUCGGCAGCAAAAUUGCCCCCAAAAAAAGUUAGCAUGGUAAUAUUAGCAUUCUAACACGCUAACGUUUGCUUGCUAACAAUUAGUAACAAGUUAUAUGGGUCUCAGGUGUUUACCUGUAAAAUUGGCUACAAAAACUAACAUGCUAAAAGUUAGCAUGCGUGAAGUAGCAAGUCAAAUGACUGAGGUGUUUGGUUGUGAAAUUGGCUAAAAAAGUUAGCACGUUAAUGUUAACAUUCUAGCAUGCUAACGUUAGCUUGCUAACAGUUAGCAUGUAUCAAGCACCAAGUUAUGUUACUCUAAGGUGUUGGCUGCAAAAUCGGCUAUUCAUGUUGUCAGGCUAGAACGCAACUGUUAGCAUGCUAACAGUUUGCAUGUCUCAAAUACCAAGUCAGAUAGAUAACUGACAUGUUCGGCGGCAAAAUUGCCCCAAAAAAGUUUGUAUGGUAAUAUUGGCAUCCUAGCAUGCUAACGUUUGCUUGCUAACAAUUAGUUCCAAGUUAUAUGGGUCUGAGGCGUUCACCUGUAAAAUUGGCUACAAAAAUUUACAUGCGUCAAGUAGCAAGUCAAAUGACCGAGGUGUUUAGUUGCGACAUUGGCUAAAAAAGUUAGCAUGAUAGAAUGUUAACAUUAACGUGCUAACAGUUAGCAUGUAUCAAGCACCAAGUUAUGUUACUCGAAGGUGUUGGCUGCAAAAUCAGCUAUUCAGGUUACCAGGCUACAACGCAAUUGUUAGCAUGCUAACAGUUCGCAUGUCUCAAGUACCAAGACGGAUGACUGAGAUGUUUGGCAGCAAAAUUGGCAUAAAAAAAGUUAGCAUUUCAAAGUUACAAUUCAAGCAUGCUAACGUUAGCUUGUUCGGCUGUAAAAUUGGCUACACAAGUUAGCAUGCUAACAGUUCGCAUCUGUCAAGUAGCUAUUCAAAUGACUGCGGUGUUCAGCAGCAAAAUUGGCUACAAAUGUUAGCAUGCGCGCAUUAGCAUGCUAACGUGUCAAGUCCCAAGUUAUUGGACUCAUUGGAUAUGACCGCAAAAAUGGCUAAUAACGUUAGCACGCGUCAAGUACAAAGUUAUAUGACUGACGUGUUCACAUGCUAGCAAGCUAACAUUAGCUUGCAAACAGUUAUAGGUCAAGUACGAAGUUAUGACUGUACGGCUUCAAAAUUGGCUAAAAACGUUUGCAUGCUAACGGUAGUUGUUCCCAAAUAUCUAAAAUUUAGCGCUGCUAUGUGGUCAGAUUAGAAAAUACAAAUAUAUAUAUUCUCUCAGAUUUAUUCGAAAAAGCAAUUUCACAUGGUCAAAUGUAGGCGCCGUAAAAUUAACAUUUUUUUUUUUAAAAAAUGAACCGGGCGAAGUUUCAAAGUUCUAUUUACAGACCAGGACCAGGACCCA